ACGAAAAGCUAGUACUACAACUCUAGUAUUACAGACCGAACUUCUCAGUCACUCUUUUUUCUCCCUAUGGGUUAUCGGCUUCAUCAUUAUAAUCACAUUCUCCCCAUUUAUUAUAACCCUUUUCCUCGCCUCUUCUCUUUUCGCUUCAAUUUCAGAGUGUGGUGUUGCAGCCAGAGUGGUAAAAAUCAGGCACAAAUGGAGCAAGUAGUUGUUAAUGGCUCAGAGUCACAUUUAGUUGUAGUGGAUAAUCCUAAUUUGUUGCAAAAGAAAAUUUCUGCAAUUCGCCUUGCCGGUCCUGCAAAGCUCCAGGUAAUUGCAGAUUUCGAUGCCACAUUGACAAAAUACUGGAUCGAUGGUUGUCGAGGCCAAAGCAGUCAUAAUCUUUUACAGCAGGAGGAUCCUGAGUACAACGUCAAGAGGCAGAAGUUAUAUGAUUACUAUCAUCCCUUAGAAUUUGAUCCGGCUAUUCCCCUUGAUGAGAAAGCCAAGCUCAUGGUAGAGUGGUGGGAAAAAACACAUGCUCUUCUCAUUGAAGGAGGCCUUACAUACAAUGCAAUUCAAAAUUCCGUGGCUAAAGCCACAAUUGCAUUCCGAGAUGGUGUAACUGAACUUUUUGAACUUUUAGAGGAAAAAGGUGUCCCUGUUCUUAUAUUCUCUGCAGGUUUAGCUGACAUAAUAGAGGAGGUGCUGAAGCAGAAAGUUCAUAGAUCUUUCAAGAACGUUAGAAUUGUCUCCAACAGGAUGGUGUUUGACGAAAAUGGUCGCCUACAGUCAUUUAAAGGUAAGACAAUCCAUGUACUCAACAAGAAUGAGCAUGCACUUGACAUGGCCGCACCACUUCACGAUCACUGCGGUGACCUGAAUGGACUAGGUGAUGAGAAAUCUUCAUUAAAGAAGAGAACCAAUGUGCUACUUCUUGGUGACCACAUUGGAGAUUUGGGAAUGUCUGAUGGCUUGGACUAUGAAUCAAGAAUAUCUGUGGGUUUUCUGAAUGACAAAGUGGAAAACUCUCUAGAAAGCUACCGAAAAGCUUUUGACAUUCUCUAUCUGAAUGAUGCAUCGAUGCACGGAGUAGUCAAGCUUGCGUGUCAUCUCUGUUCAACGGAAAGCAAUUGAGUUGCACACAUUGCUCCUCGCAAGACUCAAUUUCCCUGUCUUGGAUUGGCAUAAAGCACGAAUGACUGCUACAUUUAUCGUGUCAAGAAAAUUUCCAUUAAAGAGAAUAGGAAGGGAAAUUCAUAGCAACAUUCCUAAUAUCAACAGCUUCUCAACAUCUGUUGUCACAUGAAGGUUUUAAUGGUUUCUCAUCUUUUACCUUAUUAUAUUUUUACACCUUAGGGAUUUAUUGUUGGACUAACAAGCUACAAUUUUGUAUUUUUUAGACCUUGCACUCUUUUUACAUAUGUUGGUUCCAAAUGGAACGGAAGGUUAUAUUUUUUGUAACUGAACUGAUAAAUAUUUCACUGUCUUGAGUUUAUGUAUUCACGUUCGCAA